UUGUUGCUCAUACUUUUUGUUCCUUUUUUAUCCACUCACCGACGGCAUUGUUGGCCUUGCAGCCAUUGUUGAAAGUUUAAACAGCCUUUGGAAGUGAAAAUCAUGGUCGGAUCUCUGCAGGAAAAUGCGGAAAAGGCGUCGGCUAAGGACGAGGAGCCGCAGACGCCCAAGCUGUUGCAAAUUGAGGAAGACACAGUUGGUCUGGAGAGAGAAGAGUUUCGAGUUUAUUUAGAGGGAAAAGGCGUGAUGGAGAGUCUCAUCAGGGCCAUGACGGAGCUCUUUCUCGAAGAGAACAAACCAGACGACCCUUUGGACUACAUCAAGUCGUUCUUAAUCGAGCGCCACAGACCCGAGGGAGACGUGAGCGUCUUGCGGACGGACCUGCGCGAGGCUCGGAAGAAGAUUUCCAGUCUGAAGAAAACCAUUGCCUCGCUGACAAGCAGACUGGAAACGUACGAGCCCGUCGGUGAAUCCAGCAGCGAGGAGAAGCAAACCAAGAAGCAGGCCAAAUAGAACUAAAUUAUUUACACGGAUGAGAAAUUAGUUUUUUUUAACAUCGUGGGAAUUUCAGUUCACAAUUGUUGAAACAUCAAAGAUUCUAAAAAUUGUUUUGUUUGACGCUAUAUAUA